AAAAUGGGAAGCCCAUCAUCGUAACGACAUCAGUACAAUUUGUCAACUCGCAUUGAAAGAAUUCAAUUCCUUAUCUGUGUCUUUUUUGUGUAAACGUGUGUGUGAUUUAUUUGUUAAAGUGUUUCAUCACUUGUGGAUUAAGCUAACCUAGACCUAGAAAAAUUUACCAGAUAUCAUUAAAAGAACUCCCGCUAUAAGAAGUGUUUCUUUUGUAACUCUGACAAAUAAAAAGGAUAAAUUUAAAAUAAAUUUUUUAUAUUAAAUUCUUUAAAAAAAACACAAAAAAAGUUAAACAAAAUGUACAAGUUCGGUUUCGUUUUAUUGUUCGCCGCUUUAUUCGCCUUUGUCUUGGCUCGUCCUGCUCAAGAUCAAUCAGCUGAUGCUGCUACAACUACCACUACACCUGCCACCAUCAUUAAACAGAUCGAUGUCAAUAAUCCCGAUGGCAGUUUUAACAGCAGCUACGAAACCUCCAACGGCAUCAAAGUCGAAAAUGUCGGUUACAUGAAAAAGAUUUUAGUGCCCCGCACCGAAACUGAAGACGGUCAAGUUAUUGAAGAACAUGAAGAAUUGAUUUUAGUACAAACUGGCUCUUACAGCUAUUUGGAUCCUGAGGGUAAUGUUAUCACCCUUAAAUAUGUGGCCGAUGAAAAUGGUUUCCAACCUGAAGGUGAUCAUUUACCACAACCCGUUCAAUAGGAGAAGACACUGCAAAUGACUCAAUCCAAAAUUGUACUUAAUUAGUUUAAAGAUUUAAGAAUAUUUUUUAGUUUAAGUUAAAUGUAUAUCUAUGAGUAAAUAUGCCGAAUAAUACUUUGUAUAAAGAAAAUGCUCCUUUAAGUCACAUAAAAUUAAAAUACAAUACGAAUAAAUGAUAAAUGAAAUUUUAAGAAGAAA